GGAGGCUUUUAGCAUCUGGUGCUUAGUAUAAGUAGAGGUCCUCCUGCCUCCAGGGGCCCAGAAGAUAAGGAAGGAAAACUCAGAGCUGGACAGCCAAGGAUUGGAAUGGAGGCUGAUCACAAGAUGGACAGUACCAGCAAGGAGGCCCUGAUGUCUGAAGCACCUCUGGAUUACACAGAAUCUCCCAAGCAUCCUGGCCCUCCUUGCAGAAAUCUCUUCAUCGUGGUGGUGGUGAUCAUGGGGACUGUCCUGGUGGUCCUGACUUUCCUGCUGGCAGGGUUGCACAUCACCGAGAAACAUACUGAGGCGGUCCUGAAACUGACCAUUCAAGGCCUGGAUGGCAAAGGCUCCCCCCAGCACCUCUCCAUGAGCCAGAAGGAAAGAUUGGCCAUAUUUCCCAUCCACACGAAGCUCAACUCUUCUGCCACCGUGGUUUAUGACUACAGCAAUCUGGUGAUUGGCUAUAGAUCGUGGCCAGGAAGGUCCUGCUACAUCAUUAGAAUGAACCAGAAGGACAUCCAAAGCCUGGAUGCUGCCGUCAAGGUCUUCCAGCUUGUUCAGGAACAUCCUCCCUUGCUGCCCCUUGAACAAAGCAAGAAGCUGAUGGAAAAGCCUGCCGCAACGCUGGCUCACCUGGCUCACCGUUCUAUGCUAGGAGUUGCCAUUAACCUCCUCUGCAGCAGCAUCCCCAUCUACUGGGCUUAAUGGAGUCAGGGGGAAACAGGCAGACCGGGGGAACGGAAGGCGAUGAACAAGGGCAGCAUCCCCCUAUGGUUACAGCAGACCCUCCCACACCACUUGCUUGACUGUAUUAUUUGCAUUUUGUCUGUUUUUAACAUUUACAUUUUUGUAUAUAUUUUUAAACCCUGUUAGUUGCUUCGAAAGUUUUGCUAUUCAUCCAGACAGGGUAUAAAUAGAAUCAAUCUAUUAACCCAAAGAUAGAUUCUUGGGGAACCUUUGGGGAGCCACUGACCUCACUGGGAGAAGGACUUCUUAAUACACCAUUCAAGCAGUCCAGGCUUCGGGGUGCAAACGUAUUCCUCAAUGGCUGCAUUCACAAAACAACCAUGGCUGGAGAUGCUAUGUGACUAAAAGGGAUUAAAUAAGGUUUGAUAAUUUGUGGUUUAGCAUAAGCUUCAGCCGACAAGUCUCUCUCUGCUUGGAUUUCAACUGCUUGUUGGAUUUCAUACUCCCAAAAGAUGAAAAACCAACCUUUUUUCACCCCCAAUGAUCUUGGUUAGGUCCUUAGUGCAAACUAAUAUCACUUCCCGCCUGAUAGGUCCAGUCUGAAGGUCCGCAAUCUUUCCAACACUCCAGGAAAGUCUACAGCUGUGUUCAUUCAACAUCUAAGCCCAAAUCAAACAAAUCACAGUAGGUCUUAAUACAAUGUAUGAAUUCAGUCACUGCAAUUUCCAACCACCCGUUAAGGUUUACCACAUCACCUGAACCAGCCAGUUGCAGUUUAUCCAGUAAACUACGGCUAAACUAAUCACAGCUCAGAAAGCAAUGUGAACCAACAGGUAUGGCUCUGUUUUCCUUGGAUUUUUAAACAAUCUUGCCUUGAAAAUACAAAUUUGCGCACAUUAUUCUGUAGAGUUUCAUAAGUUCUCACUCUAUUCUACUCAGCAGAAUCUUGAAAUGAGAGCAGGCUGUUUUUUCAGGAGAUGGGGAUGAGCUAACUGGGAGCCCUUGUGGUUUGCAUGCGAAGGGGCCCUGGCUUGAGUCCCAGCAUCUCCAGAAAUAUUUGGGAAAAUCUCAGUCUAAAAUCUUAAAUAGCAUAUUCAAUCAAUCAAUCACAACAACUAAGAACUCACCUUCUGCCUUUUCAUUAACAGUAACCCUAAAGCAAGGGGUCAAAUCCAUAAACACAUACGAAAUUCCCAAAGCCCAUGGCUGCAACAAGAUCAGCAAAUGAAAUGGCCCAUUAAUAGAGAUUUAGCCCAGGCUGGAAUAAACAGGUUAGCAUUAACUGAUGCUGAAAGCUAACUAAGCUCAGUGCAACUGAAGCAACGCAGGGAGCAAACUUCACAAAUGGAGCAUCCAGGCCAAGAAUGCCCUCUCUCAAAUUGCUGCCCAGGGAACUUCUGCAAACUCACAGGGCACCCCUUCUUGAUCUUCAGUGCCAGGAGCGAUGGAAGGAAAAGCAAUCCAGCGUGACCUUAUUCAUCAGGCUAACAAACAGUGACUUGUACCAUCUAGCAGGGCUUGUCCUGGCAUGUAAUUCCCCUUGUGGUUUGCAGUUUAGAUAUCUGACCUUUGGGGAUUAAAAAGAGUUAAAGAGGAAGGGGAACAAUUAAGAUGGCAAUUAUUCGACUGAAAGAAGGGCGGAAGUCAUAAUUCUGGGUUUUCUUACUUUUCUCAUUUUUUCCUUUUUUUUUUCUUAUUUUCUAUCUUCUUUUUUUUCUUUCAUAUUUUUUCUUUAAUUUUCUAUACUUUUAUUGUAUUGAAGAAAUUUAAUAAAAAUAUUUUUUUAAAAAAAGAUAAUGAUCCAACCUUGUCUGAGACCAUUUCCGAUGUCAGACUAAACCAGGGAGAUGAAUGGUUUGAAUACAUUUUAAGUGCCAUUUGGCUUAAGUCUGCACACUUUUGUGCAAGAUAUUAGUCCUGGGUGUUGAAUUGUGUUUAGGGGAGCAUUCAAACCUUCCAUUCCCUCCCUGAAAUGAUAUUUUUCUGAGGCUGCUGAUUGUGUGGCUCAGCUCUCAACACA